GAAUUUUAUUGUGCCUAAAUGUCCGACAUAAUUUGGAGUAUAAAGAAUGGAGAUCUGGAUCAAGUCCAGUCAUGCGUAGCUGAAAAGAGUUCUAUUGUGAAUGCGGAAUACAAUGGAAGAUAUCCAAUGCAUUAUGCUGCAGACUAUGGUCAGCAUGAAGUACUAGAAUAUCUUAUUGCAAUGGGUGCUCAUUUAGAUGUAAAAGAUAAACACGGCAUUACGCCGCUUUUAGCUGCAAUUUGGGAAGGACAUACAAAAUGUGUAAAAUUACUUCUAGAAAAGGGUGCAGACAAAAAUGGAAAAACUCCUGAUGGAAAAAGUUAUGUAGAAGCUGCAGAAAAGGAUGAAAUUCGAAACCUACUACGCUGA